UCGUAUAAAAUUUGAGCCCGUGUGGACUGGUCUUUGACUGAGGAAUCGAAUGAGUUCAAGAACUGAAGUUGCUGAACACUAUUACAACGAUACAGUAAAGGAUCAAGUAACUGAUGCUUUAUUUAUUAUCCUCUCGUUUCGUAUAUCUGCCGAUCACAUAAAACCUCUUGCUGAAUGCCUCAGUUGCUCUGUUCAUCCUGAAUCAAACUCGGCGGAAUCAUCAAAUGAUAAGUCAGUAUCUUCUACUGCUCUUCAAAUUCUGUGGGACUGGAGGAACAAGGAAGCACUGCAUGCCAAUUGUCGUACGUUAGUCAAAGCAUUUCUUACAUCUGAAACAUUGCCAACUGACAUCACUGAGUUUGUAAUUAGUCAACUAGAGGGCCAGAAUCAAGUAUCAGUCACUUCCUUCAACUACAGUAAAUGGGAUGAGCCAGCUGAAGUUAAAAAAAUGAGGCUAAAUUUUGCACAAGCAUACAUUAAAGUUUUUGAAGGGAUCACACAAAAACGCAUAUCUGAAUGGUUGAAUGUUGCGAACGACACUAACAUUCAUGAAUUCAUCUUAAGGCGCUGCAACUGGCUCAAUUAUGACCUUCUAGAAGAGCUCGAUAAUGACCUUGGAGAUAAAAAGGUUUUUGGUAUCUAUGUCAAGCAAUAUAAGAGCAUUAUGAAAAAAAUUCAAGUGUUUCGAAUUCCUCCGAAUUCUAUUCCUACUGUUCCAGUAUCUAGUCGUUGUAUUUUUACCAUUUUUUUUCAACCAUCAAUGCAAAAUUAUUCUGGCUCAGUAUUGCACGAAAUUAAGUCAGGAUUAUCACAAAAGUUCAAUACAAAAGUAUUGGAUUUUUUAAUCAGUGCCAUUGAUGAAACAAACCUGUGCAUUGAUGUCUCAAUUCAGAAGCGAAUGUUACAUAAAGUUACUAAUAAGAAGUGGGAGGAUCAGAAUUUGAUUAGUUAUGAUUCAUUGGUUAAUGCUACUUCCUAUUCAUUGACUGCUGAAUGUGCUGAUGGCUUGGAUAAUUACUGUUCUUCACCCAUUGAUCAAGCAGAUGAUGAAUCAUGGGUAGAUUUUGUUCCUGAUAUAGAUGCCACACAGCUGACCCUUUCAACCUUUGAUGACACCAAAUUUAGUGCUGCAGUUGAAGAUGUUGACAUUGUAGGUGAUCUUGUAGUGAAUUUGAACAUAGGGCCCAAAUUAAAAAUUUCAAUGGAAGAAUUCAAAAGAAUCAUUCUUAAUCAAAAAGUUCCUGUUGCCUUGUGUCUGGUGGCAGUAAUGGGACUGCCAGAUUGUAACAAAACCUCAAUUUUAGAGUCCAUUUUAAGAGAAAAUAUCAAAUUGAAGGAGACCGCAACACGAAACUUUGAAGAGUAUAUGACAAGAAAGAAAAAUCCUGAUGGUUUAUCUAUUUACGAGCUGUGUGUGCUUGGUGGUAAGCCAUAUGAUCAAUACUCGUGGUCUUUUGCUACAGAGCAAUAUGGAGCCAUUUUCUCUAUUCUCUGUGGUCUUGUUCGUCAUAUUGCUCUUGCUAAAUCCGACAUAAAAAGAGUUGAGUUUUUAAGUGAUGGCCAUGUAAGUCAAAAUAAGUUAGUUGACCAUCAUUUUAAGUUGCUCAUGGGGAAAGCAGCAAAACAGCUAAAGGAUAUUUCCAUGGAUGAAAAGAAAGAGGCUCUUUUUCUCAAUGGCCUCACUCUUGCCAAUAUAAUGGAUGUUGGUGUUAACAAGGCCCUCUAUGAUUUCCUCCCUAUUAUGCUCUCCUUUUGCCGCGGUCAUUUGCGCCUUGUUUUUUUCUCUUUAGAGCGUGAUGGUCCUAAGCUUGAUGAAGUGCCAGAUUUGUCAGCUGAUCACUAUAGCAGAAGAGGUGACAAUCGUUUAGCUUUGACAAUGAGGUCACGACUUAAUUGCAUUCUUCACUUUGCAACACUUGGCCACAAUCCAAAACAGAAAGAAGAUGAUAGUAAAAGAACACUUGUUGUUGCUUCUAGUAAUAGCCAGUCUGUUGUUGCUGGUUUUUCUUCACAACUCCAUAAAGCCGCUACUGAUAAAAUACAAGAAGAAGCAGAAAAGCUGAAUAUUAAGAAAUUCGUUUCAAACGUUGCACUUGUUUCGAUUAAUGAUGCUGAUUCAUUGAAAAAGGCGAAAGAGGAAAUUACAAAAUUUAUUAUGAAAGAGCAAAUUUUUCAAAAAACCCUUCCGCUUAAAUGGAUUUUCUUACAUAGUUUUAUGGUUUCUGUACAGCAGAAGGAAGGGGCAAUGAAAGCCAUAAUAUUGAAAAAAAGAGAAGUUUAUGAUUAUGCUGCCAAAGAGUUACGAAUGGACGAAGAAGAUUUUGAAAAUUUUCUAGUCACUUUUACUGAUUUUGGUAGCAUCCUUUAUAUGCCACAGUUUAGAGAUCUCAGAGACAUAGUAGUGGUUGAUAUUUGGGAGUUUGUACAGUUUUUAAAUGAGCUUAUUUAUCCCAAAAAAGAAAAGAAAUGGUACAAAGAUUUGACCACUUAUGGUAUCAUCAAGAUUUCAGAUGCAUCGGAAAUUUUGAAAAAACACAUGGAAAUUUUUAUAAAAAUUAUCAUCACUUUUGGAAUGGCAGCUUUUAUUAGUAAAGAAAAGGCUUUUUUGAAUGGACGUUUUUUGACUGAAGUGUGUUACUAUUUACCUUCUGCCAGAAUUGAUAAAAAAUCUCCAUCUGGUCAUAGCAAUGACUAUGCUUUUCUUAAAAUUGAAAGUCCUAAUUUUCCUGCUAACAUUCAAGCAAGCAUCAGUCAUGAGAUUAUGAAAAGGCAAAACUUUUAUCUCAUUGGAAACGAAAGUUUCGACACUUCACAGUUUGGAUAUUGUACUCCAAGUGGUUGUCCAAUUCAAAUUACAAUGGUGUAUGGAGGAAGCCAAACAAAGCUCAUUCUUCACAUAAAUGAUGCCUGUACUGGCAUGCAUCAUUGUGUGUCAGCUUGCAAAGGAGUCAUUGAGGCAUGUUGUGAUAGCCUUGAUAAAAUAUCUAACCAGAUUCAAUAUUUGAAGUAUUCCAUUGGUAUUCCAUGCUCUGCUGUUGAUGGUGAUAGUCAUUUAUUCAAUUUCAAAGAUGACUCUGAUUUAUGCCAGGCUUGCAUACGCUCUAUUGAUUCAACAAUUUCAUGUCAUAAAUACUGGAUUGAAGCAGCAAAAAUGUGUAACAAAGGUAGUAAAACAAGAAUGAGUGAAAGUACAUAUGGUUUGAAAACCAAACUUUUGGAAAAAGACGCACACAUAUCGAAGCUAAUGAAAAAGAAAUCACAACUGCUUGAGAUGAUCACAUCCCUAAAGAAACAAUUAACCAAAGAGACUAGGUCUGUUAAAGUUCAGUCCAACUACUUAAUGCGAUUAAUGGAUGAUUUGGAAUGUCUGAGUGAUGUCCAGGUACCUCUCCUCAAACGACUCAAGUUAGAGAUACAGCACUGCAUUGAUUUAACAGGACGACCAGAUUUAGCACAAUGCUUAAAGUUUGCUAUAGCUCCCAUGAGCACACCCAGUCUUCCUUACCUGUUCAAAUUAGUAGAAGGAGGAGAAUUUAGCUCUAAGAGUGGGUAUGGAUUCAUUCAACAGAAGAGACAAGAUGAUUCUCUGCAUGCAAAAUUAGCCAAAGGAAAGGAAGAUAAAGAGCUAAUUGAUGAGAAUAGCAUACUGGAUGAUUCAGGAUCAAUCGCUAGCCCCUUGGUAUCAGCAGUUGCUGCAUUUAAGAGUAUGGAUCAAACUGAACUAUUGGAUAAACCAGCAAGUACUGAGUCUCAUGAAGUACACUCCACUGGUAUGAAAGAGGCUACAAAUUAUGCUGGUCUGAUAUAUUAUGAGGAGAAGCAUGCAGAGGAUCUGGUGACAUUUAUUGCAGCUAAAAAAUUGGAUGCUCUUCUCCAGUUCAUUGAAGGAAAACAUUCUAAAGCUGAAAUGGGACCUAAUGUUUACUUUCGUAUUGCAUCUCCUUUUAUUGAAUUAAAUUUAAAUGCUCCACAGAAGAAGUCAUUUAAAGGAUGGACUAUUGAACCUCACACAGAACCUUGCAAAUUGUUUCAAAGGGACAUUUUUAAUUUUGGUGACAAAGAUUAUUCUCUUCCUCCAUCAUGUCUCAUAUCAGUCUAUUCAUCACCUGAUGCUGUUCCUACAUUACACUACUCUGUACCAGUAGAGGGUGUGGCUGAUCCUGUUACACUAAAUAUUCACAGAUCACGAAGAACAGCUCAUCUUACUGCAGUUGCUGCUAGUGGCAGUGAUGAAGCUACCCCAGCACCAACUAAAAUAGGAAGAGAAGGAGGUAUUGACAUUAAAACAGCUCGUCAAAAGAUUAAGGAAGUUAUGAAUAAGAAUCAUUCAAAUUAUGCAGACAUUUUGGAGAGUUCUCUUAACGAAAUUGCUAACAAACUAUUUGAAGCUGGAAUUAUUACCAGGCAGGUUCAGAAGUCACCAACUUAUGAAAGCAUAACCUCAAGUUUUCUAUCUGUGAUGAAUCUAUUGGACUCUAAGUCUGACCUAGAGAAGCAUUGUAUGAAGUAUCUAGAGGCUUUAUUUAGUAUUGGGGGACCAAUAGAAUUUGUUGCUAAUCACUUGCGGGAAAAAUGGACAGCAGCUCUGGAGGGAGCACUUCAGUUUGAACAUGAGAGCAAUUAGAGAAUAAUGAUGAUAAUAUACACUAUUAAAUUUUAUCUUCAGCUUUUAAUUAUUUUUGUUAAGCUUAAUAAUGUUAGUUUUUAACAUGCAUAAUAGAGUA